GAAGAUUGACGAUUGUGCUGUACCGUACCAUACAUGCAUGCGCACUCGUGACUCACGUUCACGGCGCACAUGGUGUGGUGGAUGGAUGGAUGGAUGAAUCACGAAUCGCCGUGCAUAUACAGCAACACUCACUCACCCACACGCUCACCCCUUCUGACUUACGACUUCAUCUCAAGCUCUAACUCAUCUUCGCUUCACAGCACCUCAUUCGCCCUCGCUACGCUCCACAUCCAUCCUCAGAAGCAGCCCCGACAAGCCCACCACUCUUCUCUUGUGCUCGGCUCGGCUCGCCUUGCCUUGCCUUGCCUUGCGCAGCUCGCUCGCCCGCCGGUCUUCAACUGAGCUUACAGUGCGACGCUGUAGCCGCUCUCUUCACUGCCCGCGCAUUUUGGCUCUAGUCAGCUCACUCUGCGCUUCCAGUAUCUCCAACUUCGCACAGCUCGCGCCGAGUAGCAGCGGCCAAAAUGAUCCUUUUGGAAUCCGAGAAUGUCAUUAUCCGCGAGUUGCUCACAGCAUGCUUUGCAGAGCCAUCGGCCGUAGACCAGACAUUCACAGACUUUGAUGGCGUCUCUUAUCACCUCGAGGGCUCCAAAACUGGUCCCAUCACGCUCAGCAUAGAUCUUCGAUGCUGGAGGGAGCUCGAAGCGUUGGGCGCUAUCGAGGUGCUCCGGCGAGAGUAUGGAGCUUUUCUCAGGGCGCAAUCUGAAAACGAGUACAGCGUCACUCUAGAGCUCGACUAUGCAAAGAUUCCAGCUGAUCAGGCUUCCAGACAAGCUUUGGUCCAUAAGCUGUCGCUCUUGAAGCGCAACAUUAUGGCCGCGCCCUUCGAGCGCGCCUUCGAAAUACAAAAGUCCCUGGCGGAAUCGCUUGCUGCUUCUGCGUCUGCACAAGAAGGCUCGCACUCUGCACCACCUCAAGGCGCCGGAGAGAUCAUGAGCAUCAACUACCGCGACGAUGAGGCCAUAUACAUCGUGCCCGGGAAUGAUCGCGUGACUGUCGUGUUCAGCACGACUUUCAAAGAUGAGACGGACAGGAUCUUUGGGAAAGUCUUCUUGCAGGAAUUUGUGGACGCACGAAGGCAGCCCUCGAUUCAAAAUGCGCCGCAGGUACUCUACUCAAACAGGGAACCUCCCUUGGAGAUUCGGAGCAUCCGCGGACUUAACAGGAGCGAGAGCGUGGGCUACGUCACCUUUGUGCUCUUCCCACGCCACUUCCAGAACCCCGAUGUUACUUUCACAACAAUCUCCCACAUUCAGCUCUUUCGCGACUACCUCCACUACCACAUCAAAUGCAGCAAAGCUUACAUGCAUAGCCGUAUGAGGCAUCGUGUCGCGGAAUUCCUCAAGAUCCUGAACCGCGCAAAGCCCGAGCAGGCGGAGAAGGAGAGAAAGACGGCGAGUGGUCGAUCAUUCCGGCGAGCUUGAGCAGCUCGAAUCGAGCGAAAUCUUGCAGUUUUGAAGCUGGCCUUUCGGUCAUCUAGCGGGCAUGUAGAUUUGUUCAUGUGCGUGAUCAGACUGGCGAACAAUGCGCAUGGAUACGUCCAGUAUACUCUUGGGCGGCUACCACGCUCUCGAGUGCCAUGGCUCCACGACACCCAGUCGAGCUCCAUCAGUCGAAGAACCGAUCGCAGGUUUGAUGUUGAACACAGUGAUUGAUUCAAUAGAGUAUAUUUUGAGCUCAUG